GUGAAAAGAAACCGCCCAUCACACACCCCAGCACACUAGCCCUGGAAACUUAUAACCUCGGGAGGCAGGUCCCUCCCCACACUGUGGUCACAUACCUUCAGAAGAGCGGACCAGGCAGCCACCAGCUCCUCAGGGCGCCUCCGUCGCUUAGGACCCUCAGAAUUCUCUUCGCUCUUGAAGCAUCAAGAAGCCAAGAUGCUGGUAUUACUAGCUGGUAUCUUUGUGGUCCACAUCGCCACUGUCAUCAUGUUGUUUGUCUCCACCAUUGCCAAUGUCUGGGUGGUUUCAGAUGAUACAAAAACAUCGGUAGGUCUUUGGAAAAAUUGCACGGGUGGCAACUGUGAUGGAGCCCUGUCGUAUGCCAAUGAAGAUGCCCUCAAGGCCGUGCAGGCUUUCAUGAUCCUCUCCAUCAUCUUCUCCGUCAUCUCUCUCGUGGUCUUCGUGUUCCAGCUCUUCACCAUGGAGAAGGGAAACCGCUUCUUCCUCUCGGGGGCCACUAUGCUGGUGUGCUGGCUGUGCAUUAUGGUCGGGGUGUCCAUCUAUACUCAUCAUUAUGCCAGUGGUUACGGAAACCUCUACAUUAAGAGUCACCAUGGCUAUUCCUUCAUCCUGACCUGGAUCUGCUUCUGCUUUAGCUUCAUCAUUGGCAUUCUCUAUCUGGUCCUGAGAAAGAAAUAAGGCUGAACA